AUGAGGUACAACAGGAUGAAGGACCCACAAGAACAUCUGACGGCCUUUAAGGCUAGGAUGAAUCUGGAGGGUGUCGAUGACGCCAUCAGAUGUCGGGCUUUCCAAGAGUCCAUCAUCGCCUUUGCGGAUAUCUCUCGCAACUUUUUGGCACAGUUCACUACCCGCAUAGCCAAGGCUAACCACCCGAUCAAUCUAUUGGGGGUUUCCCAGCGGGCUAGUGAGACGACGAGGAAAUUCCUUAACCGAUUCAAUGAUGAAUGCCUAGAGAUCGACGUCUUGACGGACUCUGUGGCGAGCCUAUGCCUGACGAACAGCCUGUUGAACAAAGACUUUACGAAGCACCUUACCACCAAGCUCCUAUGGACCAUGCAGAAAAUCCAGAAUGUUGCAAGAAAAUACAUCAACGAUGAGGAAGUGAGUCAAAUGGUGGCAGCCAAUAAGCAGCAACCACCCAACCCGCCUACUAGUCAACCCGGAUUCACCGAGAGACCAAAGGAGACGCUCAAGGAAGGGACAUCAAGGAAACAAUUCAAGCCAUUUUCCCGGGUAGGCAAGUUUACAAACUACAGCCCUCUCACAGCUCCGAUAGUGGAAGUUUACCAACAGAUUAUAGACAAAGGUAUCCUAUCGAAGCCCCGAAAACUAAAAGAUAGGACAAGUGGAAACAAGAGUCUCUACUGUGAUUACCACAAGGAUUUCGGUCACAAGACUCAGGACUAUUUCGACUUGAAGGAUGCUUUUGAUCAAGCUAUUCGGGAGGGCAAGCUGACUGAGUUCUCGCAAUUUAUAAGAGAACCAAGGAAGAGAGAGCGAGAACGGUCCGAGGAAGAUCAAAGCCGUGCGGUGAAGCCAAGGCAGGGGCUGCCCGAGAGCACCAAUAAUGCCCCCAACCGUAGUCAUUAA